AUGACGGUGACCGGAGAAUCUCCGGACAUAGUUUCUUCCGACGUCGAAAGCAGUAGUAACGUUAAGAUCUGCAGCGACUGUUAUACAAGCAAGACGCCUUUCUGGAGAGCUGGACCGGCCGGUCCAAAGUCAUUGUGUAAUGCUUGUGGGAUUAGGAGUAAGAAGAAGAAGAUUGAUGUUUUAGGUUUGAACAAGAACUCGAUGAUCGUGAAAAAGAAAAAGGCGGCGCCGGCGAUGAAGAAUGAAGGAGGUGAAAAAGAGUGUUGCGAUUCUUGCAAAUCAUCAUCGGGAAAAUCAAAGGUGAUUAAGCUAUGGCCGAAAAUGGGAGAAGUAGAGAAAGCUGCCGUCAUAUUGAUGUCCCUAUCAUGGGGAUCUUUUGAUUCAUUUAUGAAUUUUAAUUAG